GAAGGAGAAGGGAAAUCCCAUUUUCAUGCUUUCCUUCUUCUCCUUAUCCAUAACAAAAAUCCACCAUUUCUCUUGAGUUUCAGCCCAGGUUUAUACAAUAAUAAGAAGAAAAACGUUAUCUGAAGACCCUUUUUCCAUCCGUUUUCUGGGUGUUUUUCCUCCAGGGGUUGAAUCUUUUGGUAGAUUUAAACGAUAAGUUGUUUGGAAGAUAUGAAAAACGAGGAUCAAGUGAGGUCUUUGUUUUGGAUUUCCCUCACAGACAGACCAAAAUGGCAACAGUUUCUCAUUUGCUCAUCCCUCUUCUUCUUUGGUUACCUUGUUAAUGGUGUUUGCGAGGAAUACGUAUAUAACAGACUUCAGUUCAGCUACGGAUGGUAUUUUACUUUCGUACAAGGAAUCAUAUACCUGGUACUUAUACGGCUGCAAGGCUUCACCACAAAACAUAUGGUGAAUCCAUGGAGAACAUAUGUGAAACUGUCGGCUGUUCUGAUGGGUUCUCAUGGAUUAACCAAGGGUUCAUUGGCUUACCUUAACUACCCUGCACAAAUCAUGUUUAAAUCCACAAAGGUUCUUCCUGUUAUGAUUAUGGGCGCCUUCAUCCCUAGCCUGAGAAGGAAAUAUCCUAUUCAUGAGUACAUCUCUGCAUUGCUUCUUGUGAUAGGCCUCAUCCUUUUCACCAUAGCGGAUGCUCAGACGUCGCCAAACUUUAGCAUUUUCGGUGUUAUAAUGAUUUCCGCUGCUUUAAUUAUGGAUGCUUUUCUUGGAAAUGUUCAAGAAGCAAUUUUCACCGUCAAUCCGGGCACGUCACAGACGGAGAUGUUGUUCUGCUCAACGGUUGUCGGAAUUCCGUUCUUACUUCUACCGAUGAUUCUAACCAGAGAACUCUUUAGUGCUUGGAAUGCAUGUUAUCAGCAUCCGUAUGUGUACGGGGUGUUAGUGUUAGAAGCCAUGGCCACAUACGUCGGUCAAGUUUCCGUUCUAUCCCUCAUUGCCAUCUUUGGUGCGGCUACUACUGCAAUGAUAACAACUGCUAGAAAAGCUGUGACAUUGUUUCUGUCAUACAUAAUAUUUACGAAACCGCUAACCGAGCAGCACGGAUCGGGGCUGCUGCUCAUAUCCAUGGGAAUCAUAAUGAAGACGUUGCCGGAUAAUAAACCGGCGCCGAAGAUUCCGGCUUCGAAUGCGUACGUCAUGCAUCCGAAAACCUCGUACAAUGAAGUGGUAAUUGUGGAACUUGAAGAUGAGCGAAAGCCACUGGUCUGAGAAACAAAUGCAGGGUUUAGCCC